CAACGAGCGUGUCUUCCGAGACUGGACCGCUACACACUUAACUUAAACUUUAACCAUAUACAUAUAUGUAUAUAUAUGUAAAUAUCUACCUGUGCAAUCUAUUCAGACGUCCAAAGUUUUAUCAGAUUCGCCAACUUUAUCGCGACACCGGUAGUGCUCCGAAAUAACUAUACCUAUAUCUUAUAUUCCAUUACAUUAAACUACAUAACAUUAAAUUAGUAAUGUACGUACAUAUAUAAUAGUUAAACUACUUAACUUUGGUACUGGUAACACUAGUAACAACGUGAAAGUGAUGGUGAUUAUCUGUUGUCGAAUACCUUAAAUCUUUCCUUAAGUACAUUUCACUUAACUUUUAAUUGCAACAAUAAUAAUAAUUACUGCCGUUAUUAAUCAUCAGUGCAAUUAAGUACAUCAGUGUAUUCAAAAAAUAUAUACAUAUAUAAAUAUAUAUAAAAAAAUGUAUAUGGAUUGGAUAAGAUUAUAUGUGUGCUGGUGAAUGAAUAAAUGUAGUUUUAAAUUUAGCGUGUGGUUUUUAUACAUGUCACUGUUUUUUAUUUAUGCUGCUGUGCGUAUAUAUAAGCCGCUCCAGGAUUGGAUUGGCAAUAAGGUUGCACUCGCGAAUGACUCGCGCAAUGUGAAUGAUUGAGUGGAACGUAUCGCAUCGAUGAAUGAUGCCAUGUGUUCUUGGCAUGGUUGAAAUGCGAUCGGACGCCGAUUAAAUUGUGCUCUUAUAUAUAUAUAAAUGUAUAUAUGUGUUGAUGUGUAUAUAUGUAGAUAUACAUAUACAUGUGUAUGUUAAUAUACGAGGCUGUGUAGGAAGGUAUAGUGUGACAAAUAGUUCAGUGUAGAUGGAAGUAACCUCAAGUAUGUUUAUUGUGGAAUGUCACGUGUAGUCGAGCAGGAGAUGUCCUACUGAGAUUUUAACCCGACUUACAUAUUUGCUAUCAAUUGAUACACGUAACUAUUGAUUGAUUAGUGAAUGGUAACAAAAAGUAUAUAUAUAUAUAUGUACACAACAAAUAUUGAUUUUUAUCGCAAGUGGUUUUUGUUUAUGUUCGUUAUGUUAUGAUAUUUGGUCGUUAAAAUUGUUCUGUUUGACGUGCUGUGACAACGGUGACGUAAUUUAAGAGUGUGUUGAAGAUGCAGUGAAUGCAUUGGUUUAUUAUAAUAGAGUAUUGUGGUAUUUAUUAUUCAUAAGAUCAUCUUCGAACCUGGAAUUUUAAUCACUUGUUUUUUAUUCAAAUAUAUUUAGAUUUAUUUUUGUAUCUAUAUAUACAUAUUUUUUAUAUAUUGGAUAUUGUCUGCAGUGAGGUUUUGUUUCUACUAAGGUGAAGGAAUAACAUUUGAUCGAUAGAUAUAUAGCUUGGAAAUCAAUUACUCUUUUUUGUGAUAAUAGAACAACCACUCGCACCGAGCCAACAGAAUUAACGAUUGACAGCCAUCACGCGUAGUCAAAGCUCGAGGCCUCACCAUGGAGUGCGGCAAGGGUCGGCGGAGAGGCCUACUUGGCAGUUUUAUCCUUGUCUGGUUUUUCAUCAGCGAUUGUAUUGUCGUUGCACGAGCGAAAGAACGUUAUAAUGUCUAUGAUACGGCGUAUGAAUGUGAGGGUAAAACAUUGAGGAUAGAAUGCGGAGAGGGCGAAUUGAUACAUCUGAUAAGAGCAAACUAUGGAAGGUUUUCGAUAACAAUAUGCAAUGAACACGGGAAUACAGAUUGGAGCGUCAACUGCAUGUCUCAGAAAUCAUUCCGCGUUCUCUAUAGCAAGUGCAAUGAAAAACAAAACUGCAGUAUCACAGCUUCUACUUCGCAUUUUGGUGACCCUUGUCCAAGUACACUAAAAUAUCUUGAAGCGCAUUAUCAGUGUCGAUCUGCUGCAACGACAACAACGACAUCAAGACCAAGUCCACCGUGGUUGAUAACCACUCAGCCAAGUGUAUGGACUACGGGCAGUCCCAGCGUGAGACCGCCAUCCAGGACAACGAGUUUCCCAGCUCAACUGCCGGCAAUAACCACCCUCGGUCCGUCCAUAACAACCCCAUCUAGUCCGGCGAGUACGUCUCGAGCAGUCGUUGUAGAUGAAACAGAGGACAUUGAACGCAAUGAUUCGAAUCCACCUUCAAAGGAUAAUGUUAGUCCCUUGGCUCCCGUUGUUCCAGAAACGACUGAGUCAUCAACGGAACAUCAUUUCGUAUCAUGGAAAACCAGCCGUCGACCUAUUGUUUCGACGAGUGUUCCGUACACCGAGCACAAUUCAAACGGGAAAUGGCACGAGUACAACCGACAAGUUUGCCCGCCAACGGCAGCACGACAUCUCAUCUGGAAUGCGACACGAGCCGGUGACAUUGCAGUACAAAGCUGUCCCGGUGGAGCUAACGGUUUAGCGAGGUGGAGAUGCGUUGCUACUGAGGAUUCGGCCACCUGGUACCGCGAGUCCCCAGAUCUCAGCGAGUGUCGGUCUCUGUGGCUCACUACCUUGGAGAGCCGCGUCAUCGAGGGCGAUACUAUCUUGGGAAUAAGCAGCGAGUUGGCUCUCGUAACCGACAACAGCAGAAUAUUGUACGGUGGUGAUAUGAUGAUAACCACUAAAAUAAUUAAAAAUAUGGCGGAAAAAAUGGCACAGAAUAUUAGAAAUUAUCAGGAUCUGGCGCAGAGAGAAGUCAGCGUAACAGAGCUGCUACAAAGUGUCAUCCGAACUGGAAGUAAUUUGCUUGAUAAAACACAAAUGGCGUCUUGGAAAGACUUGAGUCAUCAAGAACAAAUGAGGGUCGCCACAUCAUUGCUAAUCGGGCUCGAAGAAAACGCUUUUCUACUUGCGGAUACUCUCAAUCAUCAGAAAACUAUCGUACAAGAAGGAAAAAAUAUAUUAAUGGAAGUACGUGUACUAGAAAUCCGUAAUAUCGUCGCCGGAUCCGAAAUAUUCCCACCGGAAUCACUGCAAGAGAGAUGGACGACAUCAAACAAUCACGUUGAACUCACAAGACAAUCGUUGCUGGAGAACAGCAGCGAAGAUGGUAUCGUUCGACUAGUUUUCAUGGCAUUCGACCGUCUCGAGGAGAUACUCCAGCCGCAAAUCGAAGAGUCAUUCGUAAGUUUAAACGACGAAGCGAGACCACCGCGUAAUAUCAGCAACAGAAUACUCAACAGCAAAGUUAUCUCGGCAUCUCUGGGAAAAGGUCGGCACAUACAGCUAUCCGAGCCCGUUCGUAUAUAUUUUGAGCACCUUACCGUUGAAAACGUAACUAAUCCCACUUGUGUAUUCUGGGAUUACAUAAUGAGCGCGUGGUCAGAGGAAGGCUGCCGUACGACGCGGAGCAAUGAGACCCACACUGUUUGCGAGUGUACUCACCUCACAAACUUUGCGGUCCUGAUGGACGUCCACGCAGUUAAACUGGACAUGGCCCAUCAAGUCGCACUGCAAAUCAUCACUUAUAUCGGGUGCAUCAUCUCUGUUGUCUGUCUCGUUCUCACUAUCAUGACAUUUCAACUCUUUCGCGGACUCAAGUCGGACCGGACAACCAUUCAUAAGAAUCUUUGUGUCUGUCUACUUAUCGCAGAAGUAUUAUUUGUUUGCGGGAUCGGACAAACCGACCAAAGAAUCGUUUGCGGAGUUGUCGCUGGUCUUCUUCACUUCUUCUUUCUUUGUGCAUUCGCCUGGAUGUUCCUCGAAGGUUUUCAAUUGUAUGUUAUGCUGAUAGAAGUGUUUGAAGCUGAAAAAUCGCGCCUACGUUGGUACUAUUUAAUAGCAUACGGCGGUCCGUUGCUGGUUGUUGCAAUUUCUUGCAUAAUAGAUCCACUAAGUUAUGGCACUGAUCGAUACUGCUGGCUGAGGGCAGACAACUAUUUCAUCUUUAGCUUCGUGGGACCCGUCAUACUUGUAAUACUGGCAAACUUGGUCUUUCUGUCGAUGGCGAUAUAUAUGAUGUGUCGACACGCAAACACCACGGUAUCUAUGAAAAGCAAAGAACACUCACGGCUCGCGAGUGCUAGUGGAAAGGAAGAGAAUGCUCUUCCCAACAAAUUGCAAGCGCACUUGGCAUGGCUACGAGGUGCCAUCGUAUUAGUAUUCUUACUAGGAUUAACAUGGACCUUUGGACUGCUCUAUUUAAAUCAAGAAUCCGUGAUAAUGGCGUACAUAUUCACUGUACUAAACAGUCUGCAAGGAAUGUUUAUAUUUGUCUUUCAUUGCAUUCAAAAUGAAAAGGUACGUAAGGAGUACAGAAAAUUCAUAAGAAGGCACUCGUGGCUACCAAAAUGUCUGCGUUGCUCAAAGACAGUAACAGGAAGUUCCGGAGGGGGUUCAUCAGGUACAAGUGUGGGUGCUGCGGGAGUUAACGGCGGGAAAGACUUUUCAUCGCACAACACAUCGUCGAAUCCAUCAGCCCCGACAACAGAUAGCUCCGGAUUAUCGCCGCAUGCGGCAUCAAAUUACUUGAUGUCCGGGCGAGGCUGGCCAAACAACGAUAGACAACCAGUGGCACCAGUGGCACCAGUAACUUGCGAGACGGCAUCUACAGAUGCAUCCGCAGUCGCUACUUUGCCACACACUCGUCACGCAUUCUUUCCGUCAGCUCCUAAUAUCCCAAAAUCUGCAACCGCCACUUGGGGACCUAUUAACAAAAACCUCAUGUGGAAGAACAUUUCUUUUAAAUCAUACUCACGUGAUUCGGGACACGGUGGUUCUGAGCAAGAGGAAUCACCGCGUACACACAAUACAAUGACACUAGGCGGGCACACAGGACGUACACGUGGCAGCAGUCGUCAAUUAAUGAACGACAAUUUAGAAAUAAACAAUAGAUCAUCAAGUAUCGGUGGAGUUGCCGGUGGUAUUGGAAGUGUCGGCGGACGGAGAGCAGCCUCACCCUACAAUCACACAUACACCGAAAUACGGGAUGGAAGUCGUAGCAGCACAGGAACUUCCGGUUAUCACGGCAACCAUACCCACGUUCAUUUAUCUCGCGGAUUGGUCGGUGAAGAUGAUCCUGUUUACGAGGAGAUUGAGCGAAACGGAAUAGGCGGCAGUGGAAGUGGAAGUGGAGUAAUUGGGGAAAUCCAAGUGUCCGACAUGUCUGAUGAAGACGGAAGACGACAGAGCGACAUGAGCCGGCAGUCAUCACGCAGUUACGGUGAUCAUCGACCUCUAAUUCCAUAUUCGCCCGCAAAUGACAGAAAUUUUAUCCACUACGGUCAGUCAAUGGAUCGCAACAAUCUCCUGCAAUACGAACCCUCGCAAUACAGUCCCGCUCAAGAGCGAACUCUUAACGCCUGCUGGGAAAAAUUAAGACGCCAACAGGCUAAAUAUGAGUUGGGCGAAAUGAAUAAUCGUUUGCAGUCAAGCACAUACGGGUUAUCGCAACAAGAUCACACGAGAACAGUUGCUGUAUUAGAUGGACACACUGUAGUUUGUCAUUUACAACCGCAGACGGACAUGUACACUGGACGUGGAGUACCACCGCCUUCGUACAGCGAGUGUUAAUAAAUCUAAAUAAACUGUGUUACGUGAUUAUGAUAUAUAAUUUUUUAAUCAGCAUAUAUUUAAAAGACAUUUAAAUAAAUAAUAAUAAUAAUAAUAAAUUUAAAAAUAGACUUUGAGAACGUCCUACCUCGGGCAAUAACUUGAUUAACGUUAGUCCAGGCUCAAUCAGUCGCCGUUCUUAAAAAAAAUAAUUAGUAAUAUUGAUAUUAAUAAAUAUUAACAAGUGAUUAAUUAUUUUUCGGAGGUUUUAGUUAUUUUUAUUAAUUUUUCGCAGGCCGAAAUCUGCAGGAAUGACUGCGUAGUCUUGAUAACACGGAGGAAUUUUAAAGUGAAGUGAGGCAUUUUUUUGUUUAUUUUUUUAAUUAUUAAAUAAUAAUAAUAAUUAAUUAAUAAAUAAAUGGUAAUGAGUGGAGAUAAAAAAAGUGCGCGGAGAAUUAUCGGAAAGGCGGUGGACAAGUCGGUUAUGAAAAUAAAUAAAUGUUUUUUUUUUCAUGUAUUUUACUAUUGUCGUAAACAUGGUCGAUUAAUUUUAGUAAAUUAAAAAUUGUAUAAUUGUAUUUAUAGUUGUGUAAAUAAUAAUAUGUAUGAUGUAUUUUACGUAUACAUGCGUAAUUUAUGGUAUGGUAUUUAAGAAAAAAUUAUAAAUUAAUGAAGAAAUAGAGUGGAUUUUUAAAUACAUAUCGAUAAUUGAUUUAAAAAGUAACUUGUGUAACUAAAGGACAAAGAUAAUUAACAAAUAUAUAAAUAUAUAUAGUUACAUAAUUAAAAUUUGGUUUUAAAUCAAUUUCAUUGAGGUUUCUGUUAUAUUUGUUUAUUAUUUAUUAAUUUAAAUAUAAACUCGGUUAUUUAAUAAAUUAAAAGUCAAAAUAUUUAUUAAUUUUUAUGACGAUUUAUUAUUAUUUUUUUUUUUUUUUGUAAAAGAUUUACUGGAUAAUUUUUUUUUUCACAAACUUGCCCUCAAUAAUGACAACUAGUAUAAUAAAAUAUGAAGAUUGAAAGAUAGGAAGUAAAAAUUCCUAGUAAAUGAAUAAUUAUAAUUGAUAAUUAAGUGAGUAAUGCACUGAGAGUUUAAAAUUAUAAUGACUAAUAAUUAACGACCAUGAUAAGUAAAAUUCUUCACCCUCUUUCCCGUAAUCUCACUAACUGUAAAUUAAUAUAAUAUUUGAAACGUUGCGUUAUUCGUCACAAAUGUUAUUUUUAUAAAUAUAUGUAGAAUUAUAUAUUAUAUAUAUACAUAUGUAUGUAUACACUAUUGAUAAUUGAUACUAUAUAAAUAUGAAUAUAAAUAUAAAUGUAAUUUGAAUUGAUGAUAAAUAAGUGAAUGCGAGUGAAAAAAUUGAGAUAAAAAAAAAAUUAAUAAUAAUUAAUAAAUCACUAAAUGUGAUUAUUAUUAUUAAUAUUAUUAUUAUUAGAUAGCGUGAUUUUAAAAAUCGCCAAUAGAAAAAUAAAUGGCGAAAAACUUAGUCACUGUUUUUUACAAUAUUUUUUAAGUAGAUAGAUUAUCUUAUUCGCGUCUCAUAUAAAAUAGAUUAGAAUUACGUGCUCUAUUUAUUUUUAUUUUUUAUUAGGGAUUAAUUAUUAUUAUUCAUUUUGUUAUUAUGAUUUUGUAUAUUUAAAAGAAUUAUUUAAAAGUCAUAUUAUUUUUUUUUUAUUACAAAAUUUAUUUUUAUUUUUAAUAAACGCAAUAAAAACAUUGUUUGUAUAUGGGUGUGAAUGUAGCAGACAGACAAAUUUGAAAUUAUUAAUAAAUAUAGUAAAUAAUUAAUAAAAAUUAAAUUUUUAAAAAAUACGCAUUUAAAAAAUUUAAAAAUUAAUAAGUGCAUUUUUUAAAAUUUUUUACUCUAUUUAUUUAUAAUUUUAAAUUUGUCGUCUGCUACACUCACUUAUUGUUUGUAUACUAAAAAAAAAGUUUGUUUCACUUGGAAAAUUUUCUUACGGCCGAAUAAAGUCGAUGUUACCCGAAUUGUAAACAAUCGAAUCUAACCUACUUUCAGAUUUGAAAAUAUUUCGAUUGUCUUGUGUACUAGUUGAGGUUAUCAAGAAAAUUAAUAGUUUUUUUUUUAUUUAUUAGGACGUUUAUAAAAGACAAUAAAGUUUAUAAUAUUUUUUUUUAGUUUUUUGAUUUAUUUAAAAAUUUAUUACAACGAAAACAAAGUAACCAUUGAAGAUUUUGUAACUUCCGACAAUGAUCGGAAGCCUUCGUUAAUUUUCGUCGACUGGCCAUUAAGUGAAAACAAAGUAAUCGAAAAUACUGCCGCAUUUAAUAGACUUAUUUUGCAUUUAAGUGACGAAUUAUUUUUUUUGUAACUCGAAAUUUAUUUCUCAAUUAAACAGUAAUGAGCUGUAACUUACAAAAUUUAAAAAAAUGAAAGCAAAAAAAUUAAAAAUUAGCGUAUAAAAAGUAAAAAAAAAGACAAUUUGAAAACAAAUUGAGUAAUUAAUAGUUUGUAACAGUAGUAUGUGUAAAAAAAAAUCGUAAAUUCACGACUUGACGCAUAUAUGCACGCAAAAGAUAAAUAAAGUAGAUAAAAUCUCGACUAAUUAAAAACAAAUAGCGUUUCACAAUAAUUUCAUAUUAAAAUUCAAAAAAUAUAAUAAUAAAUCUGGCUCACGUCUACUUAGACAGAGUUUGAAAAUAGUGAGAAUUUAUAAGAAAAAGAAAAAAAAAUGAAAACUAAAAAUAAAUCUGAGAUAGCAGAAACUUUUCUGUUUAAUGAGAGAUAAAAGAAUGAACGCUUUUGUAUGAAUGAACGAGGAAAAAAAUUUGUGUAAACAAACAAACGUUGAUACGUUUUAUGUUACUAUUAUUAUUAUUAUUCUAAUUAUGAUUAUUUUGAAUAUUAUUAUAAUUAUUGUAGUUACUUAUUCCCCGUUAUCCUUGGAGAAUUUAUUUCCGACUUUGUAUAUAAUGUAAAUAUUGCUUUGUACAUGUUGAAUACUUUUAAAUGUAAAUCAGAGUCGAGGAUGCGUAAUUAAUGAAUGAAUUAAUUAAAUAUAAAUAAUUAAUUAAUUAAUAAAUAAUAUUAUAUAAAUGUGAGAUACUUAUUAAGUGAGAGAAAGAAAGAUUAGUUUAAUUAAUUGACCAUUAUAAAAAAAUUAAUGUGACAACACAUUUACAUGUAUAUAAAUAUAUAUAUUUAUAAGUAUAUAUAGAUAUAUAUAUUUAUAUAUAAAUAUAAAUAUAUAUAAUAAAUAAAUAAAUACAUAUUAUAAAGACAGAAUGUCUAGGAUUAUAAUUUAAGUCUUGAAAUAAUAGGAAUGUAAAUAUAAAACUGAUGCGAUGAAAUAAAAAAUAACUAAAAAUGCCCAAAUAAUUAUUGUAUAUCUAUCGAUUUACGAGUAAACAAUAAUAAAA